UGUUUGCUGAGAAGUGUGCUUGAAUUUGUGGCGGGUUUUUUAAAAUAAAACCCGCCACAAAUUCCCUCUUCUCAUUCAUUCAGCCCCUCUUCUCACUCACUGAGCCCGGGUUAGUUGUCCUAGACGUCCGAAAGGUCACAUCAGGACUUGCCUGUUUGCAGAGGAGCGACAGAAGCAGCAAAAUGUGGAAUGAAAAGAAACAGAGUUCACCUUCUGAUCGUGGUCAGAUUGUUGCCAUCAUCAUCUUUAUUCUCGGUCUGGAAACUUUGCUGCCCUGGAACUUCUUCAUCACCUCUUCACAGUACUUUAACAUGCGGCUGAAUGAGAGCGUCUCCUCUAACGGUACGUCAGGCCCGGUGCAGAGAAAGUACAACUACGACAGCUGGAUGGUUUUGCUCUCCCAGCUUCCUCUGCUCCUCUUCACUCUGCUCAACUCGUUGCUCUACCAGUGGGUGAAGGAGCGUCUCCGCGUGGCCUUCAGCCUAGUCGUCAUCUUCCUCCUCUUCGCCCUCACUGCCGCCCUGGUCCAGGUCGACAUGCAGCCCGACAACUUCUUUUCGGUCACUAUGGCAACCAUUUGGUUCUUCAACGUGUUCAGUGCAGUGCUGCAGGGCAGCCUCUUCGGGAUGGUCGGCCUGUUUCCUCCUCGUUACAGCACCGUGUUCAUGAGCGGUCAGGGUCUGGCUGGGAUCUUCGCAGGCGUCGCCAUGCUGUGCUCCAUCAUGAGUAAAAGUGACCCAAAGUCAGCUGCCUUGGGAUACUUUGUCACUCCAUGUUUGGUCACGUUAGGGGCUCUACUCUGCUACCUGCUGCUGCCACACCUGGAAUUUGCUCAUUAUUAUCUGAACAGAAAUCAGGCUGUCAAACUGGACACAUCUAAUAAGCUCCUCAGCAACACAGACAAAAUAGCCUUAAAUGGCAACGUAAAAGACCUGGAGGCGAGAGGAGUCCCAGAGGAGAGUAGAGAGCGCUCUUCUGUCUUUGCUGUCUUUAAAAAGAUCUGGCUGAUGGCUCUGUGUGUGACGUUUGUGUUCGCCGUCACGCUGUCGGUGUUUCCUGUCAUCACAGUCCGAGUGAAGACGGUCUACACGAAGAACGCUGACUGGGACAAAGUGUUUACCUGUGUGUGCUGCAUUCUUGUUUUUAACAUCAUGGAUUUGGCCGGCCGCAGCGCCCCGUCUCUCUUUCAGUGGCCGUCCAAACAGAGCCGUCUGUUUCCCGUCGCUGUUCUGUCCCGUCUCGUCUUCAUCCCUCUGCUCAUGAUGUGCAACAUUCCCAACUCGAAGCUCACCGUCCUCUUCAGACACGACAGCGCCUUUGUUGUCAUCAUGGCUCUGUUCUCCUUCUCUAACGGCUACCUGGCGACCCUCUGCAUGGCCUACGCUCCACAGUUGGUGAGGAGCAGAGACUGUGAGACGGCCGGCUCUCUGAUGACCUUCUUCCUCGUUCUGGGUCUGGCUGUGGGAGCCUCCUUCUCAUUCCUACUGGGAAAUCUGGUUUAGACAAAGUCCACGUAAAAACCCAACAUAAAGCACGUAGAUCAGGACUCUUGUAUUUCUUUUUGCUCAUGUUUGCAUUUAGCA